AUGUCCUCACUUUUGGCUUUUUCAUUCCUCUCUCUCCUGCAGCGUUUCCAAUCCCGUAGCGAAAAUGAAAUUGAAAGGGCCUUGGAAGGCAACAAAACUGCCCAUGUCUUACUCAGUGGAGCUUUACUUGAUCUAAGACAGUACCUCCUCCAGAAGUCAAUGGAAAUUUGUACCUCUCAGAAGGAAUUUAACAAGUACUUCACCAGAGCCUACAGUCUUCUAUCGCGACUGAGUACAAAUUGUGCAUCAGGUCAUUUGCAGCUUGCAAUGACCGAAGAAAGUCUUUCACAUUGCCUUAGUAACCGGAAGGAUGACUAUUGUUUUUCCUUUGUAAAAUCUCCGUCUAUGUUCUCCGCCAAAUUCCUUAUUGCUACGCCAGAUUUUGGUGUCAAUCAAAAUGCAUUCACCCCAGCCACAUUUGGCUUGGUUUUUCCCUACUGGCCCAUGGUUCCCAUAACUCUUAUUUUUCCUCACCCGAUAUUCUAUUCGUCUUUGAUAAUCAGAAAUCCCUAUAACAAAUCUUAUGUAGUGGGAGCUGACUUAGGAAGUCUAGAGCAGGAGGGCGAUGAUCAUACAUCGUUAAUGGUUAACGGUCUUUCAGCUGUAACUGGUGCAAAAGUCAUAAUCAGGAAUGCCACCAACGUUAGGUGCUUCCCCAACGGACUUCCUCCCACAAACGAAAAUCCCCAGUAUUUGCCGUGCAGUCAAGCAGGAGAUAUCCUUCAAAACUCCUUCUUUUGCCUUGUCGUCGUCAAUAAUUGGGAGGCACUGACAUCGCCGGCAGUUCGCUCUCUUCACGCACAGUUAUGGACGUGCUUUUUCUAUCGUUCAAUUCCCGUUAUACCAACUAAAUAUAAGGCAGUGGAAGCGGAGAAAUACUUGCCUUUCUUUAGCCUUCUUGAGAGUCUCUGGUCCAAAGCCAUUGUAUUCCAACCGUUCACCAAUGCAAAUGACUUUGUCUCGAAGUUGAAAGGAAUGUCUGCGGAAGAGCGUGUCAUGCGACUGGAUAAGAUCUCGAAACUAUUCAAUCGCCACUUGGAAACUGUUGGAAAGCAGGUAGAGACUGCCGUAGCAAUACUGAACAAGGCACUUUUGCUGCCUCAGCCGGCAGCUCCGACAACUAAGACUCGUUUUGUUACUGCAAUUCCGGGGACUCAGGUUCGAGUUUAUACCCUUAAUACGGACGAGGUCGUCAGCAAACCCAUAAUGGUUUCGGACGCGAUGCAAGUCAAACCACUCUGUAACUCACCGGUGAGGGCAGAUUUUGAAGGACCUCUGUGGACUUUUGACAAAACGCCCUGGACUAUCUGUGACGGAAGUGUAUCAAAUAAACCAAGUGCUACGGAUAAAUUCACAACAAUCUUUUUGGCAUACGAAAGGAUCCAAAUGUUGAUUGACAACAUCAAAACUUUUCAAAGCGUUAAGGAUUUACUGGAAUCCAUAGUGGUUGUUUGGAAUCAUCCUUAUUACAGACCAGAGUCCUACCAAUGGCCUGACACACCAUUUCCAGUACAUGUGAUUCGUGUGCCUUUAAACAAACUUCAGAGUCGAUUUCUACCCUUCGACCUGAUAAAAACUGAUGCUGUAUUGACGGUCGAUGAUGAGGUGGUUCCAGAACCCAAAGCAGUGGGUUUGGGUUUUAGGGUGUGGAGUGACAACCCGGAUAGAAUAGUGGGAUAUGUUGCAAGAAGCCAUGAAUGGUUGUCAAGAUAUGGCAAUUUCAGAUACGUUGCCUCUGCGACCCGCACCUACUCCUUAGUUUUAACGGGUGCGUCUUUUUUUCACAAGUACUUCCUAUACGCCUACACAUUUGAGCUUCCACACGAAGUCUAUACCGCCGUUGAUGAGUUGAUGAACUGCGAGGAUAUAGCCAUGAACAUGCUGAGUCAGCAGAUUUCCGAAAAGGCGCCUUAUCGAGUGGGCAGUGCGACCCGAUUCGCCUGUCCUCAGUGCAAAGGCGGACUAUCGCGUAAAAAGAGCCACUAUAUAAUUCGAAAUGCCUGCAUAACGAAUUUCAUUCACUUUUAUGGUUAUGACCCACUCAAAUACAGCACAUUCAUUCGAAAGGAUAGGUAA